AUAGGACAGGAAGCCAGUGGUAGCAGCUGUAGUGUGGAGCUGGCUCUGAGUCUGGAUGUUAGCGCUGUCUCUCUCCUCCGUGGGACGAAGCCUGACUGGCAUCAACAUCGCGGGGUCAAGUAAUGCUGAGACCGCUCCUCCUGCCAACCCAGGGAUGUACCAACUGGACAUCACUCUAAAGAGGGGACACAACCUCGCCAUCAGGGACAGAGGAGGGACAAGUGAUCCGUAUGUGAAGUUCAAGAUUGCGGGAAAGGAGGUGUUCAGGAGCAGGACCAUCAAUAAGAACCUGAACCCGGUGUGGGACGAGAGGGUCAGCCUACUUGUGGACAGCCUCCGAGAACCUCUUUAUGUCAAGGUGUUUGACUAUGACUUCGGCCUUCAGGAUGACUUCAUGGGUUCUGCCUACCUCUACCUGGAGUCUCUGGAACACCAGAGGACCCUGGACGUGACCCUUGACCUCGAGGAUCCCCAGUACCCCGAACAUAACCUGGGAACUCUAGAGCUGGCAGUCACACUGUCACCCAAAGAGGGAGACUUCAGGGAAGCACAGCAGCAUUCGAGUAUGCGGUUGUCAGAUGUCCACAGGAAAGCUCAGCUGUGGAGAGGUAUAGUGAGCAUCAGUCUGAUCGAGGCUCAUGACCUCCAGCCUAUGGACGCCAACGGCUUCAGUGACCCCUACGUCAAGUUCAGACUGGGCCAUCAGAAAUACAAGAGCAAGACGAUACCCAAGACUCUGAACCCACAGUGGAGAGAGCAGUUUGACUUCCAUCUUUAUGAGGAGCAGGGGGGCUUCAUCGACAUCACCGUCUGGGACAAAGACGCAGGCAAGAAGGACGACUUCAUGGGCAGGUGUUCGAUAGACCUGUCACCGCUCAGUAAAGAGCACACUCAUAAGUUUGAUCUACCGCUGGAGGAGGGCGAGGGCAUGCUGGUGCUGCUGGUCACCCUCACGGGGGCAGCUGCUGUGUCCAUCUCGGACCUGUCGGUCAACAUCCUGGACGACACACACGAGAGACACCAGAUACGACAGAGAUAUAGUGUGCUGAGGUCGUUCCACAACCUGAAGGAUGUGGGAGUGGUCCAGGUUAAGGUCAUCAGAUCAGAGGGGCUGAUGGCAGCAGACGUCACAGGGAAGAGUGACCCCUUCUGUGUGGUGGAACUGAGUAACGAUCGGCUACAGACACACACGGUCUACAAGAACCUCAACCCCGAGUGGAACAAGGUCUUCACCUUUAACGUGAAGGACAUCCACUCGGUGUUGGAGGUGACGGUGUACGACGAGGACCGAGACAGGAGCGCAGACUUCCUGGGUAAAGUGGCCAUCCCUUUACUAAACAUUCAAAAUGGUGAACGGAAAGCCUACGCUUUGAAAAGCAAGGAGCUGACAGGGCCAACAAAAGGGGUCAUCUUUCUGGAAAUAGACGUGAUUUUCAACGCUGUAAAGGCAGGUCUCAUGACGUUGAUACCCAAAGAGCAGAAAUACAUAGAGGAUGAGCCCAGAGUGUCCAAACAGUUGCUUCUGCAAAACUUCAACAGAGUGAGACGAUGCAUCCUGUUCCUCAUCAAUGCCGGCUGCUACAUCAACAGCUGCUUCGAAUGGGACUCAACUCAGAGGAGCAUCUGUUCCUUCCUGGUCUUUGUUCUGGUAGUGUGGAACUUUGAACUCUACAUGAUUCCUCUGGUUCUGUUGCUGCCGCUGGCCUGGAACUAUAUCCUCAUCUCUUCGGGGAAGGACACCAGGCAAGAUUUUCAAGCGAUGGAGGACUUGCUGGAGAAUGAGGAUGAGGACUAUGACAAAGAUGACAAGGUGCCUAGACCCGGCCCUUCGGAGGACAGGCGACUGCCUGAAAGCCAUAUCCUCGAGGAUAUGUUGGCUUCCUGGCACUUUGAAUGGAUACGGGUGAUGUUGGACCCGGAGAGAAAGGGCUUCAUCAACAAGCUGUAUGCCAUUCAGGAUGUGUGCAUCAGUGUGCAAAAUGCCCUGGAUGAAGUGGCAUCCUAUGGCGAAAGGAUAAAGAACACCUUUAACUGGACAGUGCCUUUCCUAAGCUGGCUGGCCAUCGUGGCUCUAUGUGUGGCCACUGUUCUCAUCUACUAUAUCCCCCUACGCUACAUCGUCCUGGCCUGGGGGGUGAAUAAAUUCAGCAAGAAGCUCCGUGACCCGUAUACCAUUGACAACAACGAGCUCUUGGACUUCCUGUCCAGAGUCCCCUCAGAUGUUCAAGUGGUGCAGUACCGAGAGCUGAAAGUGGAUCCCAGUCAUAGUCCAAAUAAAAGAAAGAAAAACAACCCGGGAUAACUGGCUUUGCCCACCCACUGAAUCUUCCCUCCCUCACCCGUCCAACGCCACGAAGCAGAGAAACACUGGUUUGAACCAGCUGAACACUCUCCCUCUCUCUCUCUCUCUCUGUCUCUCUCUCUCUCUGUCUCUCUCUGUCUCUCUCUGUCUCUCUCUGUC